UUUGUGACCCGAAGCAAGUCUUGUGCACCCUGCCCUGAAUACUCAGUAGGAUGGAGAUCAGGUCAGGUGCCUUUAUUGGGUCUUCAUAACGAGGGGAGAGAGCAAGGCACCUCUCCAAAAAUGCGGAGACUGCGGUUUCCUUUUUCCUUAUUUGGCGAAGGAGCUUCGGAAAAUGGGGCGAGUGGGCUUGCUGGCGGUGCUGGCCUUGGACUUGCUGAUCGUGCACUUGGAGCUGAGCGGGGGCCAGCCGGCUUACCCCACCCUGAACAUCGCCGUCAUCCUGGGCAGGAGCCCCGACAGCCCCGGCUUUCGGGACGUGUGGAUCCGGGAAGACGGCCCUGCCUUCCCCAUCGAUGUCAACGUGGUGAGUGUGGCGGUGAACCAGACCGACCCGAAGAGUAUCAUCACCCACGUGUGUGAUCUCAUGUCAGGCACCAAGAUUCACGGCGUGGUCUUUGGAGAUGACACCGACCAGGAGGCUAUUGCUCAGAUUUUGGAUUUUAUCUCCUCCCAGACUUUUAUCCCCAUCCUGGGAAUACACGGCGGCUCUUCCAUGAUUCUGGCAGAUAAA